AUGCUACAACCGCUCGCUUUUGCUGACGCGUGGUAUCCAACGGGUAAAUCUCUGGAAAACCUCUUUACUACACUCUUCAGCAAUGUUAAAGAUAAACCUAUUGAAGGAAAAGUUAAAGCUGUGAUUUCUCCUCAUGCAGGAUAUAGACAUUGUGCUGAGACAGCAUCACAUGCAUUCGCAACAAUAGAUCCAUCUUUAUACAGUCGAGUUAUCAUAAUGGGUCCUUCUCAUCGCUUACCAAUUGAUUAUUGCACAAUAUCAGAAGCUAAAUCAUUCGAGACACCAACAAGAAGUUUGGAAAUUGACCCAAUAGCAGAGGAAUUGACAUCUAAAUACGGAUCAAUAUUCAAAAAGCUUAGUAUUGAAACUUCAAACCGUGAACAUUCAUUAGAAUUGAUGCUACCAUGGAUUGAUUACAUAUUUAAAGGUAAAAAUGUAACUGUCGUUCCAAUUAUGGUGGGACAUCUCGAUCAAACAAAGUUGGAACAAGCUGUAUCCGCAUUGAAACCAUAUAUUAAUGAUCCAAGCACACUCUUAGUCAUUUCUUCUGAUUUUACUCAUUGGGGAAGCAGAUUUUCUUAUACUUAUCUCCCAGAAAAAGAUGGAGAAAUCUGGGAAAAGAUUUCAGCCAUAGAUCAUGGUGCUAUGGAAGCUAUUUCUACAUGCAAGGCUAAGAACUUCCAGGAUUACAUCAAAUCAACAAGAGCUACAAUUUGUGGCAGAAAUCCAAUUACAAUCGCUAUGAUGGCCUUUGACAAGCCAUAUCGCGUUGAUUGGCCACAUUAUUCACAAUCUUCGCAUGCUAAAAAUAUGGCGGAUUCAAGUGUUUCUUAUGCAGGCGGAGUAAUCAGAUUUGUUUAA